AAAGGUUACUAAUUAACAUAAGCUACAAUUCAGUGCAUUCACUAGACAACGUUUGUGUGAAUUUUCUCAGUUAGAUAGUCUUUAAAAGAACUUUUUAAAAGGUGUUUAAAGUGAAAAAGACCUGAAUUCACUUUGAUGUAUUGGGAUUACGAUGCUCGCGUUGUAAAACUGUGCUGUAAUUUCAACAUUUCUGAUAUAGUUUUUUCACUGUUGGAUUAUUCAUGAAAUCUAUCAUUUUAAAAGACAUUCGCAGUCGUGUUAAUAAAACUUAGAUAGUGAAGAAAUCAAAAUCUCAAGACCUUAUGUAAAUCAAUGUCGCGUCCAUUUUGAAACCCCCACCACGAAACCCUUUUAGCCCCUGUUGAGUAAGCUCGGAUCGGAAACGGAACAAUUUGGCACAAUCGGAUAAAACUUUCGCUAUGGGCAAAGCGGAAUCGUUUGAUUUCUCAGACAUGGCGAAGUACAACAGCGAGGCAGAACUAACACCGGGUAGUGGGAAGAAGGGCUGUUUUAUUUCAAUAUUCGUGGGCGUCCUGAUUCUCUGUCUUGUCGUCUGCUUGGUCAUCGGCGUAGGACUUCUGGUGUACUUUGCCGGAAAGGGGACAACCUGCUCCGAUGUCCCCGCCGAUACCGACAGUUCUAAUGCGGGAUUAAUUGAUAAAUGCAAGGAAGUCAUAGAUGAUGGAGACACAAGCAUAUGUAACGCCUGUAGAAAGACUACUACAACCAUUCCAUCCACUACGCCUGCGCCGACGUCCAUUUUACAAGAUGUCCGCCUCCCUCGCUCCGUACUUCCGGAACUGUACACCGUGGAACUACAACCAAACCUGUAUGACGGACCCCCGGAAGAGUUCACUUUUAACGGUACUGUCCGCAUCCGGCUCAAAUGUCACCAGCCAACAAACAACAUCACGCUUCAUAGCAACCAACUCAACCUGACAGAGGAAAUCCGGGUUACAUCGGCUGAUUCGUCACACAGCGUACAUUACCGUAGUCACGAGUUCGACACGAAGCGCCAAUUCCUGAUUAUCUUUACUAACGUACCGCUGCAGCAAGGUCAUUACUAUGACCUUGACCUUGCAUUUAUAGGUCCGCUGAAGGAUGACCUGCAUGGACUGUACCUGAGUUCUUACCAGAGAAAUAACAAGACUAUAUAUGCAGCCGUAUCCUUUUUAGCUCCUUCGUCUGCAAGAAAGGUACUCCCUUGUUUUGAUGAACCCGCCAUUAAAGCUGUUUAUGACGUCACAUUGUUGCGAAAAGAACAAAUGACGUCAAUAUUUAAUACGAAGCAUUUGCAUUCAGAGGAGAGAGGAAAUGGUUGGAUCGCUGACAGCUUUAACGUCACGCCGCCUGUGUCCUCCUACCUGCUGGCCUUCAUCAUCUGUGACUUUGACUACAAAGAAAAUAUGACGUCAAACGGUAUCAGGUACCGGGCCUGGGCCCGCCCCGAGGCGGUCAGCCAGACGGAGUACGCCCUCUCUGUUGGGACCCGGAUACUCUCCUACUUCGAGGACUACUUUGGCAUACCAUUCCCACUGCCUAAACAAGAUAUGAUCGCCGUGCCGGACUUUGCAGCCGGAGCCAUGGAGAACUGGGGCCUGAUCACCUACAGAGAGACCGCCAUGUUAUACGAUCCCCAGGAGUCGUCCGAGUCCAACAAACAGAGGGUGGCCGUGGUGGUCUCCCACGAGCUGGCCCACCAGUGGUUUGGAAAUCUGGUGACGCCAUCUUGGUGGGACGAUCUUUGGCUGAAUGAAGGGUUCGCCAGCUUCAUAGAAUAUAUGGGAGUGGAUCACGUCCACCCAGACUGGAAGAUGUUUGACCAAAUAGUCGUGGAAGAUAUUCAAGAUGUGUUUAAUUUCGAUGGAUUAGUGACGUCACAUCCGGUCUAUGUACCCGUAUACCAUCCGGACCAAAUCAGCGAAAUAUUUGAUAGAAUAUCCUACGGAAAGGGUUCAUCGAUAAUUCGAAUGAUGCGGUUUUUCCUUGGAGAAGAAACAUUUAGAAAUGGCUUAAAGAGAUAUUUGAAGAACUUGGCUUAUAAAGCCGCCUUCCACGACGACCUCUGGUUUGCACUUGGCAAUCAAUCUGCCAUAGAGAAUAAAAACCUCAAUGUGAAAGCGAUCAUGGACACCUGGACGCUUCAAAUGAACUACCCUGUCGUCAACAUGACCGUAAUGGCGGACGGUGACAUACAGAUAACUCAGAAGAGAUACUUGAGGGACUAUCACGCGGUGGACCCACUGACUUAUGUAUCACCAUUCAACUAUCACUGGGAGAUCCCAUUUACUUACACAACGAAAUCCAACACAAGUUUUGACCUCACCGAUGCUGAUAUCCACUGGAUGCACAAAACAGACAAAGAAGUCAUAUCUGCGAGUGUUCUACAAUCCGAUUGGAUCCUUGGUAACGUGAGGCAGUAUGGGUAUUAUCGCGUGACUUACAGUGACGAGAAUUGGAACAAAUUAAUCAAUCAACUGAAUGAAGACCACACGGUUAUCCACCCAACCAAUAGGGCACAGAUGAUAAACGAUGCUUGGAAUCUAGCUAAAUCUGGCGAUGUCAGUAUGACAAUAGCCCUCAAGACUGUCAACUACCUAGACAAGGAGAAGGAGUUUAUCCCGUGGAAGGCCUCCCUAGGAGAAUUAGGUUACGUCGACUCAAUGCUUGAAAGGACAGCACUUUACGGACCGUUUUCUAGAUUUAUGAAACACAAAGUCAGUGGAAUUUUCACUCCUUCUGCUCUCAGCAGUUCAAACUUCACCCACCUCGAAUCGUAUGUGAACACACUGAUAGCGGCUGAGGCGUGUAAGUAUGGGAUAGAGAGUUGUGUCAGCGAGGCCUCCCGUCUGUACAAACAAUGGAUGUCCAACCCGUCAAACAACCCGAUCCGUGCGUCUGUCCGUUUGACUGUGUAUUGCAGUGCGAUAAGACACGGCGGUACCGAGGAAUGGGACUUCGCCUACAGAAUGUAUAAACAGUCCAACGUAGCCUCGGAGCAGUCCAGACUGAUGUUAGCCAUGUCCUGUAGCAGUAAGGUCUGGGUACUAGGAAGAUAUUUACAGUAUUCAAUAGAUCCAACUAAAAUCCGAAAACAGGAUGCCACUAACGUCAUAGUCUACAUCUCGGAGAAUGAGAUCGGGCGUGGACUCACGUGGGACUUCGUCCGCGAGAACUGGGAGAGACUCAUGAGAGAAUUUGGAUCAUCCUUUUUCGCCUUUACUCGCUUGAUUUCUGGAGUAACCGCCCCUUUUAACACAAAUUUUGAGCUCAAACAGUUAGAAGACUUCGUAAAGCUCCAUCCAAAUAUGGGUUCAGGAACCCGUGCGUUCCAGCAAGCCAUAGAAAAGACAUUGGGGAACAUCAACUGGAUGGACCAGAACUACCACAUCGUCAAACAAUGGUUGGCAGAUCAAGGUUUCUUAAGCGCUUAAUUCCUUGAAGGCGGGAGUUUUGAGUUUCAAAAUGCAGGGAACGAUGAGGUGGUUAAUUGUAUAACAAACAAUGAGUUUAGAAACAACGGCCGGCAGAUGAACUGAAGAUCAUUUAUAAAGGAUAUUAUAGUUCUACUACUGGUUCUUAAAUAUGAAGAAAGUUUGAUGUUUUAAAAUGACAUCUAUUGAAAAACAGUGUAUAACAUAUUGAAUUUUCAUAUCUGUUCAAUGGAUUCAAACUUAAACUACUAAUAUAUAUACAAAUGUAGCAUCGGUGUAACACCAGAGAUUUAAAAAAUGUAUGCUAUGAUAUAUGCACAAAUUGUUACAGGCGUUUGCAGAUUGUUAUGAAAAGGGGCAUAUUGAUAAGAUCAGCAUUAUGCGAUUUUUGUUGAACUUAAAAAAAAUUAUGAGUUCAGGGAACUAAGAAUAUACUGUUUUAGAUUUAUAUUUGUUUCACAUUACUUUCCGUGUUAUAUUACGGAGGAUAACAGUUGCAACAUUCCCGAGACAACCACUGUCAACGGACACAAAGCGGGGGUUGACAAUGGUUAUCAAGGGUUGUCAAUUUCAAUUGUAACCGUCCCAAACAGACACAAUUUAUUUCAUUAUAUUGAAUGUCUUAAUUGUAAGGAAAACUUUAUUGAUUUUUUAAGAUUAUUUAUUGACAUUAUUUCUUUAGGAAUGGCGCGAUUUAAUUUUACGGGUAACCGUAUGCGCAUAAUUUACGCGCAUAUAAUAAUUCGUUAAAACCCUUUACCAGGUAGGUUACUAACGGAUUAUCGACGCAUCAAUCAGGUAUUCGUUUUUCUCAUGAAAGAAUAAUAAUAAUACCAAAUUACACUUGAAUGUUUGAUACUAUUGUUAUUUUCUUCGCAAAUAUACAUGAACGGAGGUCACUCUAUUGAAUUCAAUUUGCCUGUCUAUGAUAACUGGAUGAUCGGUGCUAUUUUAGGUAAUAUUAACUCCUUGUGAAAAAGAGCUCUGAAAAAAAGAAAAACUCAGAUUCUAAGGCAAAAUAUUUGGAUUUUUACUUAAUUAAAUUUUAGUUUAUGGCCAAUAUUGUCAUAUGUCAAAGUUUAAAGUUAAUCUUAAGGUACAUUCUUCACCACCCAGCCUCCUCAAAAUGUAAGUUAAAGUAAUAGAAGCCAUAUAUGUAGUUAAUUAUAAAAAUAAAUGUUUCCAAUAAAAAGGAAAUUAUGCGUGUAAGUAGACGAAAACGUAUCUAUCAAUAAUGUAGAAAGUAAAUGGAAAGGCACCUGAAAAGAAAUUAGAUGUAGUUUAUACUUUUGUUUAUUCCUGUUGCUCUUUAUUAACAUUUGAAUAAUAGUCGAGUGAAUAGUUGAUUGUUUUUACUUUCUUUCUUUAUCAUUAGUGAAAACAUUUUUUUUU